AUGUCUGUUGUGGGGUCGUUGAUUUUUUGCUUAGACUGUGGUGAUCUUCUGGAAAAUCCUAGCGCUGUAUUGGGCUCCAACGUUGAAUGCAGUCAGUGUAAAGCUAUAUAUCCAAAAUCGCAAUUCUCCAAUUUGAAAGUUGUUACUACAACUGCGGAUGAUGCGUUCCCAUCUUCUCUUAGGGCCAAAAAAUCUGUGGUUAAGACGUCAUUAAAGAAGAACGAGCUAAAGGAUGGGGCUACUAUCAAGGAAAAGUGCCCUCAAUGUGGCAAUGAGGAAAUGAACUACCACACCUUACAAUUAAGAUCCGCAGAUGAAGGUGCUACUGUCUUUUACACAUGCACCUCCUGUGGUUACAAGUUCCGUACCAACAAUUGA